GACGAUGAAGAUGACGAUUCCACACCUCCAGCGUCACCACGGGGCGUGCUUCCAUCUACGCGAAGAAAAUUUGAGGAUGAAGAGAACGAUAGCGAUGUUCUAGACAGCUGGGAUGCCGUCGAAGACUCGGACGUGGAGCGUGAGAAGGCAAAGGCUGUUGCAGAGCGGAAAGCAAAGGCAGAUGCCGAAGCUGCUGCUAACAAGAAGAGCAAAAGCCAGCGGAUCGCCGAAAAAUUAGCGGAGAAGGCACGACAACUUGCUGAAAAUAAUGAUGAGUCCAGUGAAGAAGACGUAUCCACUCGACGCGAACGCUUACAGCAAAUUGAGCAGGAAUCUGAUAUGGCCCACGCUGUUGAACUGUUUGGUAAUAUUGGUAUCAGUAACAAACGUAAGGUCACGACUGCAGCCAAUACAGUUCAGGUUGAUUCCAAUGAUCCAAGCUCUACUGUUGACCUCACUCUUCUUCCACUCUUUGAUCCCAAGACAAAGCAACAAUUUGAAGUUCUGCGGGAUACUCUCGUCCCUGUUAUCUCAAAAAAUUUCAAGGAGGCGCACUAUGUCAUGUUUCUACAGGAAUUUACAAAGCAACUAGCUAAGGACUUGCCUAGUGACCACAUUAAAAAGAUUUCCAGCACUUUAACAACACUAAGUAACGAGAAGAUGAAAGAAGAGAAGCAAGCAGACAAGGGUGGUAAGAAGAGUAAGGCUGCAAAGACAAAGGUAGCUUUGGUUUUAAGCAAGAAUAGCUCUGCUACCCCUGAUGUACAUGCCUACGAUGACGAAUAUGCAGAGUAA